AUGGAGGAGAGAAUCAUUUUCGCAGUAUCCUCAAAACCGUGUCUUUUUGAGACAACUGCUGACAGCUACGUAAACACAUAACAAUUGUCCACGAUAGUAGGAUUGCCAGGUCAGUUUAGUAGUGAGCUUGUGCUAGAUGUGGCUAGUUAGCUAGCUAGCUAACCUAGCUAGUUAACCUAGCUAGCUAGCUAGCUUGCUAACCUAGUAAAUUAGGUGUGUGUGUGUGUGUGUGUGUUUGUGUGAAAGAGAAAUAGUAAUAUAAAUUAUGCUAGUUACUACCCCUGAUAAUUUGGCCAAAUAAUAAUGUUUGAAAGUGUGUGAGUGUGUAUGUCAGAUAAAUAGUAAUAGAAAUUAUGGUAGAUACUACCCCUGAUAAUUUGAUCAUAUAACCAUGUGUGUGUGUCUGUGUGUACAGUAGGUGACAUGUCCAUGAUAGCUAUCUAAUAACUAUAGUUAUGCUAGGUAAUGGUUUGGCUUAUCAUGUUCAUGUCUAUGUAGAAGAAGACUGUAGGAGGAAGUGGAGAGGACUCAGGGACAGGUAUCAGAGAGAAAGUAGGGCAGAGAAAGAGAAGAAGAGGUCUGGGUCAGCAGCUUCAGGCCAGCGGCCUUGGUGCUUCUGCCACAUUCUUUCUUUUCUGGAUCCAUUUAUUGUGCCUAGGGCAACGAGUGGCAAUUUUACAGCUAGACCCUUUACGUCAUCCACAAGUAUGGGUGUCACCGGUCCAUCAAGACCCUCUAUUUAAUCUACAAGUGCGACCACCAACUCCAUCGGUGCAGCGAGAGUCAUCUACUAGUGCGACCACCGCCUGCACCGGUGCAGCGAGACCCUCUACAACGUCGUUGAACAGGAUGUAG